UUUUCAGAAGCACAAUUUUCUUCUUCUAUCACAUCAUACGCCUUCGUUGGAUAAAACCAUCGCCUCGUAUGUCGGCUUGACUCUCAAAGAUGGGAAUCGCCGGAAGCCUCAGCCCCGAUCAACUCGAGUUCUUCAAUUCCAAUGGGUAUUUGGUUAUUGAUUCUUUCUCGAGCUUCGAAGAGAUUCAGGAGAUGAGGGAUAGGAUGGACGAACUGCUCAAGGGUUUCGAUCCAUCCAAGUCCUCAGUCUUUUCUACCAAGAAUCAGAGGGAAGUGACAGAUGAGUACUUCUACGAGAGCGCUGAGAAUGUCUCCUUCUUCUUUGAGGAGAAGGCAUUUGGAGAUGAUGGAAGCUUGAAGCAACCAAAGGAACUCUCUAUUAAUAAAGUUGGCCAUGCAUUGCAUGAAAUUGAACCCAUAUUCAAAAAAUUCACCAACUCGGAGAACGUGACGAGUAUGUUUCUCUCAUUGGGCUACAAGAGGCCAGUGGUUAUUCAAUCUAUGUACAUAUUUAAGCAACCAGGCAUUGGUGGAGAAGUUGUACCACAUCAGGACAAUUCUUUUAUCUAUACAGAACCUACAUCCUGCACUGGGUUGUGGCUUGCUCUAGAAGAUGCGACAAUAACUAAUGGUUGCCUCUGGGCUAUUCCUGGCUCACAUAAGAAGGGCCUUGUGAGAAGGUUUAUCAGAGAUGAAAAUGGAGUGCACUUCGAUCGUCCUUCACCGUCAUAUGAUCAAAAGGAAUUUGUGCCCCUAGAAGUAAAAUCAGGUUCUUUGGUGGUUAUACAUGGUGACCUUGUGCAUCAGAGCUUCGAGAAUCUCUCUCCCGAUUCUAGGCAUGCCCUGAGCUUACAUGUGGUGGAUACUGAUGGAUUUGUGUGGGCCAAGGAUAAUUGGAUAAGAAGGAAAACAGACCCAGAACCUCUUUAUGUAUCCUGAACAACCGAGUACCCCCAGCAGAACAAUGGAAGUUGCUGAUGUUUACUCAUUUCAACACCAACGAAUCAAACUAUGCCUAAGAAAUGAGGCCUUGCAAGCUAACUCAGGAACUGUUCUUUGUCGUAUAAAAGACUUUGUCUUUUUCUUUUUCUUUUUUUUUUAGCUCAAUAAGGUUUGUGCAGAAUAAUUGAUGUAUUCUUUCUAGAUGCAGUGAUGAGAUAACAUUAUAUGGAUUACUUUGCUUAUGAUCU